UCCAAACUCGUUUCCUAUGUAUCAUCAUCGUCCAUCGUCAUAAGAAGGGAUCCAUCUGACGCUAGCUGUGCCGACUCAGCUGAUCCCUAUUCUCGUAUCCAGAAAUUUUGUAGAUUACUCCCAAAAAAAGUAGAUCUGGGAAUUGUUUAGAAAUUGCUUGUAGAUUUGAUUACUUCGCACCAGUUUUUAGAGGAUUCGUUCGUGUAGGUAGCCAUGUUCUAUGGCACAGCUGUAUGGGACCCUUGGCUUAUCGUUGGCCAGAUUAUCUGCCUUCAAUGCUCCUUCUACCUCUCUCUCGGAGUCUUCAUGAUCCUCUUCCUUGGCCUUCGCGUUCCUCGCCUUAGUCUUGUCUACUUCUUCGAUUACGCUACUCUCACUACUUCUACCGUUACCGGUUGGUGUGUCAUUGCCUCGUUCCUCUUCACUUCACUUGCAGGGGCUGUGUACAUGAUAUUUGUGGUGGAGCGAGCAAGGAAAUGCCUAGAUUUCUCUGCGACUCUCUAUAUCAUACAUCUCUACUUGUGCAUCCUCAAUGGUGGAUGGCCUUCGUCUAUGGCAUGGUGGGUUGUUAAUGGCACGGGGCUUGCUGUUAUGGCUUUGCUAGCUGAGUACCUUUGCAUUAAACGCGAGCAGCGUGAGAUCCCUAUGGAUCGUUUCCAUUCAAGGGUUUGAUGAACAAAGUGAUGGUAUGUACAGAGAUGAGAAUUGGGCAAAGAAGAAGUUCAGCCAUGUUGGACCACUACCUCUGCCUGCAGCUUUUUUUUAGUCACUUUGAAAAUUUUAACACACGUUUCUUUGUUGCAUUUUCAAUUAUAUGGAAAAAAACAAACAAACACCAUUAGACUCUCGAAUGAAUGCUUUAACGUUGCUUCGUGCGUGAACCAUCCGACUGUUUGUUAUCGUCUCGUUCAUUUUUUUAUACUGGAUACUUGCUUAA